CCCAGGUGUCUGUACUGCAACAACUUCUGCUAUGAGAAGCAGGAGGUGGAGAAGGAGUAUUGCAGCUGGACGCGAAGCAACAGGGUCUGCCGCUGCAAAGAGGACUUCUGCUGCGCCGAUAACUUCUGUAUCAGACACACGGAGUGCGGCCCCGGACACGGAGUUCAAACGAAAGGUACAUCACAAAGCAACACUGUUUGUGAAGAAUGUGCCGAGGGCUUCGUCUCUAACUCAUCUUGCGCAAGCGGACAGAUAGUGCUCCUGCCCGGCUCCAUCUACCACGAUACGAUGUGUGGCACCUGCGAGGAUCUUGGAAAUGGAGGUAUGUCCAGAGCUUUCCUCUCGGGAUUCUUCAGUAUGCACAGGAUGCGCGUGGCAAAAAUGUGCAUCAUUAACUUGGGCAGAUUGCAGCUGGACGCGAAGCAACAGGGUCUGCCGCUGCAAAGAGGACUUCUGCUGCGCCGAUAA